AUGAGAGCUUUUUUCGCCCACGCGGCGUCCCGUCCACCAGGUUUUCAAUCGCCGUCUGCAUCUCGAAAACGAGCAAAGGUAGCUUCGAAUCCCGAUCCGUCAUCCAUCCGUCACCAACCACCACGUAAUUACGACACUACUAUCCCCACGACCACCACCGCCGGCUCAGAUCCCGACAACACCAAAACCUACAAGGCUGCGCUCCUAAACAACUCUUUUUGCAGCUUCAGUUCUUUUGCCCCCAUUGAGGAGCAAAUACCUGUUCCCCCCUCUGCGAUCCGAAAGGUCCACACUAUUUAA